AUAUAUACAAAACUAUUCAAAGAAGUUGUCUUCUCGGUUUGCAAAAAGCAAGAAGAAGGAAGCGUGAAGCAAGGCGAGGCAAGAAAGAUUUGAUCAAACGGUCCAAAACCAUCCAAACAAUUUCGAAAUCACGCCCCACCGAAACCCACGUAACCACUGUUCUUCGCCAUUCGCCAACAACAACAACAACUCGUCCAUCUUCCCAGAAUUCCUCUUCUCUCCCUAUCUCCCCAUACCCCACCUCAAUUAACCCCAAACUUUAUAGCAAAAAUUUAAUCACUCCACUUCAUAGAGAUCACAGCAUUAUUCAUAAAAAGAAACAAAUUAGAAUAAGUUACAUUACAAUAUACAAUAACAUAACAAUAUUAAUAGCAAUAAUAUUAAAUUGAUUGAGUUUAUGUGAGGAUGCAAGCGGUGGGGAGGUUAGGGAGCUACAUUAGUCAAGGCGUAUACACCGUUUCCGGCCCCUUUCAUCCAUUCGGUGGCGCCGUCGAUAUCGUCGUCGUUCAACAACAAGACGGUUCCUUCAAAUCCUCGCCAUGGUACGUUCGAUUCGGCAAAUUCCAAGGAGUUUUGAAAUCGAAAGAGAAAAUCGUCCAGAUCAACGUGAACGGAAUCGACGCUGAUUUACAAAUGCAUCUCGAUAACAAAGGGGAAGCGUUCUUUCUGAGAGAGAUUGAUGUUGAAUCGGUUUUGUUUGAUUCGAUUGAAUCUGGUGAUGGUGAUGAUCUCGAUGUUCAAUCGUUGAAGAGUAAGAGUAGUAAUUUUGGUUCGGAGGAUGGGAAGGUUGUUGGGAGGACUAAUUCGAAUUCGCGGCGGUCGAGGAUACUUGGGCUUAUGUUCGGGAGAAGGUCUUUGAGUGGGGAAUUUGAAGAUGCUAUUGGGAAUAAGGAACGUGCUGAGAUUGCGGCGAAUUUGUUGGAUAUUAAGUGGUCGACGAAUCUCGAUGGGGAGGAUAAUCGAGAGAGUGGUGAUCAUGCUGUGGUUGUGGAGAAUGAGGAUGGUUCUUUUGGUGUUGCCAAGGUUGAGAAGAAGUUGAGUGGAGAAAAGGUUUCAAGGGAACAAACUCAUGAGGUCAUGUACCUUGCUCAUGGGGAAAGUGCAGAGGUCCAUCUACAUGAUCAGGUCUUGCAUUCACUCGUAACUAAGGGUAUGGAGAAGGAGGAAGUCACUAAGAAUGCUGAUGUAGUGGAAGUCUAUGAAUUUCAUUCUCAGGCUCAGCGAAUAGAUUCUUCUGAUUCAGAAGCUAGUAUGUACGACGAUGUGGAGGAUGUUGAAGACCCAACAACAUCUCCAAAACCUCAAAUCAACAAUUUGGAUGCAGGACAUUGUUCAAGCGAGAAAGUUGAGUCCUAUUGUGUAGACUUGACAAAACCUCCAAAACCUCCAAAACCUCAAACAAACAACUUGGGUAUAGGGCAUUGUUCAAGUGAAAAAGCUGAGUCCUGUUCUGUUACCAAUGCUUCCAGUUACAACAGCCAGGAUGACCGAGGAUUAUGUGAGAAUAACAUGAAGGAUAAAGAUGUCUCUAGCUCGCUAUCAACUCCAUCACACUCUUUUGGUGAUUGUUUACCUAGUGAAACAUCUAGGAUAUCACUGUCCCCGAGUUCAGAUGAAGAGAAUUUCCUUUUUGGUGACUUUGAUGAAAGUGGAGUUAAUGAUCAAUUUGAGGGAUCAUUAAGUCCCAAAUGUAUAGAUAAAAAAGAUAAUAUUUCUUAUGAGAAUGGAACUGAAAACUCAAGAGUGACUUCCUGUCCCAUAGUUAUCCCUAAAAAUGAGGAUGCUGGGGAGGAAGUUGGGCGGCGUACUGGAUCCUUGCCAAAUAUUUCUUCUGGUAGUAACAGUAUGUGCCAACAUGUUCGUUAUCCUUUAAGUCAAUCACUGGACUCGACAUUUCCUGGCAAGGAUAACUUGGAAUCCUUAAAAUUAGACGAGUACAAAGAGAAGCAGUUACCUCAUGAACAGGCGGAUGCCAAAGAUUGCCAAGAUUCUGAUGAAUUCAAAGAUACUGCUCUGAAUCUUCCCCCUGGAGGUACAUCAACAGGAAAUUGGAGAAUUUGGCCUUUCUCCUUGAGCAGAUCAGUAUCUAGAGAAUCUUCGCCGCCAAAACCAAAUGAUGCUAAAAGUACUAUUAAUGGCAAUUCUUCAGAGAAUAAGACUUUAACAGAUGUGAACAAAAAUGAUAGCAAACCCAAUCUAACGAAAAAGAUGAUUAGGGAAACAACUCCAACUUCUGAACAGAUAGCAUCAUUGAAUCUGAAGGAAGGGAGGAACAUUGUAACCUUCACUUUUUCUACAGCUAUGCUGGGGAAACAGCAGGUUGAUGCUCAAAUAUAUCUGUGGAAAUGGAACGACCGCAUAGUUAUCUCGGAUGUGGAUGGGACAAUUACGAAGUCAGAUGUUCUUGGUCAAUUCAUGCCUUUGGUUGGUGUUGACUGGUCACAGACUGGUGUUGCACAUUUAUUCUCCGCUGUUAAGGAAAAUGGUUACCAACUGCUUUUUCUCAGUGCUCGUUCAAUUUCUCAAGCCUAUAUUACACGACAAUUCCUACUGAAUCUUAAACAGGAUGGCAAAAUUUUACCAGAAGGUCCUGUUGUUAUUUCCCCCGAUGGACUUUUUCCAUCUCUAUACCGUGAAGUUAUUAGGAGGGUUCCCCAUGAAUUCAAAAUUGCAUGCUUAGAGAGUAUCAAGGCUCUUUUUCCGUCUGAUUGCAAUCCGUUCUAUGCUGGUUUUGGAAAUAGGGAUACUGACGAAAUCAGUUACCUUAAGGUUGGAAUCCCUUUAGGAAAAAUCUUCAUUAUAAACCCCAAGGGGGAGAUAGUUGUGAACCGAAGUAUUGACACAAAAUCAUAUACUUCUAUGCAUGCUCUCGUGAACGGAAUGUUCCCCCCAACGAGCUCGUCUGAGCAGGAGGAUUUUAAUUCAUGGAAUUUCUGGAAGCUACCACCUUCUGCAAUUGAUAUUUGAAAGACCCCUAUGGCUUUUGGGCUCAACCAUUGUUGGUCCUGGCUAUGGAUAGGUGCAGGCUGUUCAGCUCUUAAAAGAAUACAGGAAACCGCUUUUCUGUUGUGGAUUGAUUUUUUGAAAAUUAUAAUUUGGAGGAUGGAUUUCUUAUGAAAAAUCAGGUUGGAUAUGAUCAGGUUCAUUUUUGUUAGUUCAGUGCGAACUCAUUACCACUAAGCCAUGGAAUCUCUAGAAGUUUACAUCUCUUCUCGAUUAUUAUAGAUUAUAGGAUUAGAUUAGUGCGUAGUCAAGUCCCUGCUCCUUUCCAUUCGAUUGUAUAAUUGUAUAUGUACUAGUUUUAGCGUGCAGAGAGAAAUUCAUAAAAAGAGUGAACAGAAUUUAUGUUUGAUACAAUUUAUAUUUUGUUAUAUUUGGUAAUAUAAUACAAAUAAUGUUUAACAAUAAA